AUGUCGCUGUCAUGCUUUUUGGACAGGAGUCUUCAGGGGAAAAGACCGUCACACAUCGUGUGUCUCACCGUCGGCGCUAUCUUUGCAACCAAAGUCCUAAUUUAUGUGGCACGUGACGGCAGCAUCAUUAAGCGGUUACAUGCCGCAAAGUGGCGCGUUGUGAGGUUCUUUGUAGAGCCCAUUAUAAAGAAGGAAGUAAAGAAAAGUGCCGAAGGCAUAAAGAUGCCGUCAAAACCUGGAGAAUUUAAAGCCAAACGGCUACCGAAGGAGGGUUUUUCAGAUGAGGAGGUGAUCAACCUGGUUAGUGAGUUUCACCAAAAUCUCGAUAAAACCUUUGAGGAUGGCACUCUAAGCGGCGCAGUGUAUCAUGGAGAGCAUUCCCAUACUAAAUUGUUGAACCGUGUUGUUAAGAUGUUUGCGUGGAGCAACCCGCUGCAUUCUGAUGUUUUUGGGGCUGUGCGUAAAAUGGAGGCUGAGGUGGUGUCGAUGGUCGUUCACAUGUUCAACGGCCACCUACUUCCCGACGCAUGUGGUACCGUUACAUCGGGGGGUACGGAAAGUAUUGUUAUGGCUCUAAAGGCAUAUCGUGAUUGGGGACGGGCUCGCCGGGGGAUCGAGCGACCUUCUGUUAUUGUCGGCAUCACAGCACACCCAGCAUUUGAUAAGGGUGCGGAAUAUUUUGGCAUUAAUCUUGUAAAGAUACCUGUCGAUCCGAUCACGAAGCAGGUUGACGCGAAAGAAAUGGAGAAGUACAUCAGAUAUGACACAGUCGCUAUUGUAGGAUCGGCACCAACAUUUCCUCACGGUGUCAUUGAUCCCAUAGAGGAGUUGUCAGAGAUUGCAUGCCGGCACAACGUUGGUCUUCAUGUUGACUGUUGUUUGGGUGGUUUCAUUGUGCCAUUCAUGGCGAAGGCGGGGUUACCGGCACCGGUUGUGGACUUCCGCCUCCCCGGGGUUACUUCCAUCAGUUGUGAUACACACAAGUAUGGUUUUGCUCCCAAAGGUACAUCGACUGUUCUCUACAGAACACAGGAGUUGCGGUCCCACCAGUUCUGUUGCGUAGCGGACUGGCCUGGUGGCAUGUACUGUUCCCCAGCAGUUUGUGGUUCAAAGAAUGGAAGCGUCAUUGCUGGCGCCUGGGCAUCAAUGGUACGACUCGGAGAGGAGGGUUAUGUGGACUGCUGCCGGAAGAUUGUACAAACGAGGAUUAGGAUCACGGAUGCGUUAUCCAAACUGCCUUACAUACACAUUAUUGGGAAACCAACCGCUUGUGUUUUUGCCUUUGGAAGUAACAUAAUUGACAUUUUCGUUUUAAACGAAGAGUUGCGUAGCCGAGGUUGGGUUCUGAACUGCUUGCAAUUUCCAUCUGGUCUCCAAUUUUCUGUCACGCUACUGCAGACGGUUGGGGAAGUUGCUGAUCGCUUUAUAGAGGACGUUACGGAGAUUGGUGGCAGAAUGUUUGCGGAAUAUGAGGAUGCAACGAAGAAUGGCCGACGCCACGGUGCUGUCAACGCUAAAUCAACUAUUUACGGAUCACAGCAGAAGGUAAGCGACAGAACUAUAAUAAAGGAUGUGUUAAAAGAAUUUCUCAACAAGUACUACAGCACCGAACAUUAG